UUCAGUGCGUUACUCGGUGCUGUAACAGCUUCAACAUGAAGUGUUACAUUUGUAGGAAGGACAAGCUGUCAAAAGAAUUUCCGAGAGUCACACUUACCAAUAGCUGUGACCAUGCACCACUGCAUUGUUUGAGGUGCUUGAUUGAGUGUGUGGAAACAAAGGAAUCUUGUCCAUGUGGUCAAUCUGUCCAAAAGAGCGACCGACGCUUUAAGCAAUUCAAAACCGCGUUUAAUUGUCUUUUCCCUGUAUAUUUGCCUUCAAACCAAGUCUCCGAUGUACCAGCUGCAUCCACUAAAACAGGUGACCGCAUAGCCAUUGUGCAGUUGGACGGGGAGGGAACCACAAUACCCUUUCAAGCAACAAUGACGGUAUUGGAAUUAAAACAACAAAUUGAAAAAUCCCUCAAGCACAAGGCAUCGAAACAACGGUUGAUACACAAUGAAAAAGAAUUAAAGGUGCGCCUUCAGGAUGGCAGCCUUGCCCGCUUGUCUGAUUAUAAUGUUCAGCCCCACAACACAAUUCAUCUUAUGGUUCUCUUGUACGCCAUUCCUGAUCACUUCAACGAGGUGGUUUUUGAUCUCUUUUGGGGUUAUCCUUCAAGUGGGUGUGACUACUUAGAUGCGUCAUGUCUAGUUUAUUCAGGUGGAAAUUUCUGCAGUGUGAUUGACUAUCGCAAUAGGGCGUCACCGAACAAUGCAAUUUGGCACUCAGGUGACGUCUUGAAUGAUUUUACUAAAACUGGUCACCACACGAUUAACGUUAAAUUAAAGAAUUUACCAUCAAAUAUAUCUCAUUUAUUUUUUACACUUAGUGCCUGGAACUCCCCAAAUAUUUCUAAAUACCCCAGCCCGAGUCUUAAUUUUUUUGAAGCCUCAAACAAGAGCAAGAGUUUAUGUAAUACCACCUUCGUCCACGCUGGUCUUUCUCAGGCUGUCAUUAUGUGUUCAGUGUCUCGCGUGGAUGGGGCUUGGCAAAUAUUUGAAUCGGGGAAACUUUCACGAGGCAAUGCAAAGAACUAUGAACCUAUCAAAGCUACAAUAAAUAAAAUAAUUGAAUCUGGAAUGUAAAGUUACAGUUAAAGAACAUUUAUCUUUUAAGAUACAAUUAAAAUUGUACUUUUUGUGAAUUGAACAUGAACUGGAUAUUAUACAUUGAACAUUUCUUAUUCGUUAUGUUACCCUAAUUUUGUGAAUUCAUAUUGGUUUAUUUUAGUUCAGCGUCUUCUGUUAAAUAUAAACUACUGCAAAACAUUGAUAUCAAGGGCGCACCCAUGGGACAUUUCAGGCCCUUCGGAAUAAAUGGUGAAAUAAAGCAGGGUAUACGAU